AUGCAAGCUGCGCUCGCUUCAAGGGAAACUCUCUCCGUCUCAACUUGCAGUCCCGAAGCACCCACAAGUUUCAAGGCUCAAUCGGCGUCGAGCUUGUAUCCGAUUAACAUCCGCUCUUACGGACACGCGUACCCGGACAAGCUUCAAUAUCCAUUGCCGAACAAACAGGGCAAGAAGACCCACAAACGGUGGUCAGGGUUCGUAGCGCCGUGGGCGUGCGAAUACACUGCGGCGAAGCGGAACGCAAACUUGAGUAUCUUGUACGCGUCGCCGAUUCAGAUGUUAGCAUUUGCUGAGGACGUAAAAGAGGCUUAUGAGAAGAAAUGGUGGCUUUGCUGCCGCAAGGGUAAUAUUGAAGAUAUGAAUCAUAUGCUCAGGGGUGGCGGGCAAGCUCUGGUCGCAGCCCGUGAUUCUGACAACAGAGGCGCUCUUCACUAUGCUUGUGGAGUCGGGAGCGAUGAAUGCGUUAGGUCGAUUCUUGCGUACGGUGCAGAUGUGAACGCAAAGGAUAAAGAUGGAUUCACUGCGUUACACAUCGCAGCAGGGUAUUUACAUGAGAAGGUUGUCGAAGUCUUAGUUGCAUCAGGAGCAGAUCCAGAGAUACAGGACAACACUGGAAGAUCGCCUUUGGACCUCGUGGAAACCUUGAUGCACAACACGCCGGCAACAACUGUAACAUUUGCUAGGCGAUCUGCGCUUGAGUCAAUUUCAGACACACUUGAACAGUAUAGCUAUGAAGAAGUCCCCCCAGCGUCAAUUAAAGCGGCAAGACCAGCCGGUGAUGGCGGAGAUGAGUACCUCAUCGAAUGGCUAGAUGAAAGAAUGGAUAGCUGGGUGCCAGAGAACAAUAUCGCUGACAAUCUAAUCAAAGAUUUUAAAGCAGGGAUCGAGUAUGCCCCGCAAGACAAAGUGUACACACCUCCAACUUAUGCCCCUUCCGGCAUCAAAAUAAAGACGAAGAGUGCAACUCUCGUCAAGUGGGCAGAUGGUGCACCGCCAAGUUGGGAAGCUCCGAUCUAAUUGCGAAUAUGAUUGUGAACAGUUAUUUAACUAGCGCAGCUUUGAUAAUUUCGCAAGCAAAGAGAUCUGUACAGGGACAAGGCAGGGACAAAAUCAUUGCUGGCACAUUGAGGCAUGUCGUGUGAGAUAUUCCUGAUACACGAAAUGCAAUGUCAACGCGAGCAAGUCUCGAUUCCUGGGUAUCAACCAUCUGUUCUAGAUUUGCCCUUGGCACUUGCGAAAACAUCCUUCAGCUUUAGCUUCUUGUUUGCACUGUCAGUUUUGUACCUUUUCCGAGCUCGGGUAACUUUGGGCACCAUUUUUUUUUUUUUGCCUUCAAUUAGGGCAGAUGUAUUUCCUGCACCAGUAUAGUUUUCCUCAAGUCGCUUGACCGGCUUUCCCCCACGAAGAUAGUUGGGCAGAUGAUUUAGAUGAGGCAGGGCCCGUUGCUUUGCAAGGCGAAAGUCAUGUUUCAAUAAAAUGAGCUCGUCGGGAUUUUCAUCGAAGUGAGCAGCAAGCCGAUCAGAGUUGAGCAGUUCUGUGCGAAUUUCUCUUACGCGAGCAUCGCGAACGGAAGCUCGUCCUACUGUCCGGGAUACAUCCUCUGCUCGAUACCGUAAUGCUUCCACAUCUUCAAUAGCGAGUUUGCCGAACGGCUUGAAAACAAGGGAACUGCCG